AUGAAGUUCGCUCUGUUGGCGUUUCUAGGCCUAGCCGCUGCAGCACCUCAUGUUGGCGGCAGCGUAGGGGAUUGUGCCAGCUUCACCCUGACCGAGAAGUUCUCGGAAUUUAAAGUCGUCUCGGUCAAGAGCGUUGAGAGCACGAUCGCCUACCAGGGCGCAAGCAAGUCCAUCUGCAAUGUCACCGUCGUGACAUCGCAUUCGUGCGCCACGGACCAUGUCUACAACUAUUUCUGGCUGCCAUUGGAAGAGUGGGAUGGACGUCUUGUUGUCAUGGGUGGUGGAAACUUCGCGACGAUGGAUUCUGGCCAAUUUGGCCCAUUGAUUGCCGGGGGAUAUGUCUCGGCUGCCACCGAGGGCGGUCUCUCAUUAAACGGCACCAUUGACCCCGGGCUCGGAGGUUGGAUCGCCAAGGCGGAUGGCACUGUCAAUCAGGGCCUGUUCAAGAACUUUGCCUACCGCGCCCUCCACGAUCUAACUCUCAUCAGCAAGGCCGUCAGCAAGGCCUUCUACGGCUCGAAGCCUAACUACUCCUACUACAACGGUUGCUCCACUGGCGGCCGUAUGGGCUAUGAUGCUGCUUGGCAUUACCCCCAGGAUUUCGAUGGGAUUGUCGCCGGUGCUCCCGCGCUGUACAUUCCCGACCUUGUUGCAGGGGACAUGUGGCCACAGGUCGUGAUGCAGAACACCGUUGCCCCUCCUCAAUGCGUCUGGAACCAUUAUCUUACCGCCACCAUCGAAGCCUGUGACCUCGACGACGGUGUGGCUGACAAGCUCAUCUCCCGACCGGACCUUUGCAAGUUCAACCCGAGCAGCCAGGUUGGAAAGACCAUUGACUGCACUGAUACAGGCGGCCAGGUCACUAUCACCGAGGGAUAUUCCAACGUUAUCCGAGAGACCUACGCCGGGCCCAAGUCCCAGAAUGGAGAGUUCAUCUGGUACGGUCUCCCAGUUGGUUCCCUCUUCCAGGCCAUUGCCUACACGUACACGCAGAAAAACGUCACCUACCCCUACCCCAUGUCGCUUGCCAGCCCCUACAUCAAUAAGCUCUUCCUCCAGAACUCCACCUUCGACAUCAACAGCAUCUCAUACGAUGAGUUCGAACAUAUCCACAAAACUGCCCGCGAGCUCUAUUCUUUCAGACUGGGGGGAGACGGCUCGGACCUGGCCGCGUUCAAGGCUGCUGGCGGCAAGCUCCUGUCGUACCACGCCCUCAACGACCCCAUCAUCCCCCACGACGGCACAGUCCAGUUCUGGGAGCGGGAGCAGCAAUCCGACGCCAACGUCGCUGACUGGUACCGUCUCUUCAUGUAUGCUGGUGGCGGUCACUGCGGCUCGAACUACUACCCCGGCUGGGGCAACUACGGCUUCCUCAUCAACAACCCUCUCCCUGAUCUCAUUGACUGGGUUGAGAAAGGCAAGGCCCCUGAUGUCCUGAGCUCAUAUGUGCCAUCUAUUACCAAAACCAUCGAGCGUGGUGUCUGCUCGCAUCCUAAGCGUAUCACGUAUAAGGGCACGGGAGACAUCAACUCUGUAGAUAGCUUCCACUGUGUUUAG